AUGUUGACCUCUAAAAUUGGCCGGUCGGCAGUUGGCCGCAUGCUGACGCUGACGAGAAACAACAGCUCGUCGACGUCUGCAUUGGCAUACAAAAACCUACACAGAAACAAGAAAAGACCGCACCUACCAACGUUGGAUGCUCCAAACUGGUCUGCUGGUGCAGCUGUUUCUUCCAUCAUCUACGAGACUCCUCUGCCUUCCAAGGCUCCAAAGACACAACAUGUGCUGAACUGCUUGGUUCAAAACGAGCCCGGUGUGCUGUCUCUGGUGUCGGGAACCUUGGCAGCAAGAGGCUUCAACAUUGACUCAUUGGUUGUCUGUAACACCGAGGUCAAGGACUUGAGUCGGAUGACGAUUGUUCUGGACGGUCAAGAUGCAGUCAUCGAGCAGGCAAGAAGACAGAUCGAGGACCUGGUUCCUGUGUACGCUGUCCUGGACUACACUCACUCGGAGAUCAUUAAGAGAGAGCUUCUGUUGGCCAGAGUCUCGCUAUUGGGAUCCGAGUACUUUCAGGAACUGAUCGCACACCACAACGAGCAGGUCGACGAGAUCCCAGAAGACCUGAAAGAGUCACGUUUCCAUCCAAACAACCUGCCUCCAUCUCAGGCUUUGAGACAGAAGUACGAGCAUUUGGAUGCCAUUACUAAGUUGACCAAACAAUUUGGCGGAAAAGUGGUGGACGUGUCGGACAGAAACUGUAUUGUGGAACUAUGUGCUAAACCAAGCAGAAUCUCUGCUUAUAUCGCUCUUGUGCAACCGUUCGGCAUCUUGGAGAUCGCCAGAUCAGGUAUGGUGGCUCUGCCAAGGACUCCUCUUGAGGCGUUCUCGUCUGAGGACGGAACUGACCCAACUAAGGACGCUUCUGACGUUGUCGAUGCUUCCCAGUUGCCACCAGGUUAA